AUAAAGUAUACGAGAAGUGAGAACGAGACACAUGGUGUUUAAAAAAACAGUCAACGCAAAAAAACUUGAAUCAUAUAAUUUUUAAAAAAUAUACAACAUACUGAAGCUAAAGGAUUGAUUGUUAUAAAUAGGAUAAAUAGCUAAUUCCAGUUUACAAUUUAAUUAAAUUAUCAUUAAUAUAUCAGCUGUCUUUGUUGGUGAGGCCUGUUAUCUUUCAGCGAUACAAUUGUUUGUAAAAAAAUUAAGCAAAUAAACAAUUCAUCAUGUCUUUCAAAAAUAAUGCUCCAGGGUCAUUCUCGUUAACAUCUUCAAAAGCCAUGGAGAACUCGACAUCCUCAAAGUUAUCUUUGAAAACAAUUGAAAAAAAAAAUAUACGUUCUCAUCCAAAACGUAUUUCUGAAAUAGAACGAAUGAUUAUGUUAAAUCACAAAUGUAAAUGUUCUGAAAAUUGUGAGGAAAAAUGUGAAGCUGGAAAGAUUGAACCUGCUGAUACUGGAGAUAAAACUUAUUCAUUGCCACCAGCAGAAUAUUAUAAAAUGAAGCAUUUAAUUGAAUAUGAAACAUAUUCUGAAAGAAGAAAGAAGCGUUUUCCUGAAAUGCCUCUAUCGCGACUGAACAAUCAAGUAUCUCAGUAUCUCCGCAGAAAAAGUCAUCAGUCAAUCAAUUCUAAUGAAGAGAUAAAACCAUGGAGAGCGUUUAAGGUCGAGCAUCGAUCACCUAAUGUUGUUCCAGAGUCACCCUCGUUGGCAUUUGCAGAAGACAAAGAGAAUCCUAAAUUUUCAAACUUAUCCUUAGAACCUGUUGAAACAAAAAAUAUACCUCCUGAUGCAAGUAAUUCUGAAGUUACUAAGGUUUUGUUAAAUCACACAUACAAACCUGCUGAGAGCUGUGAAACAAAAUGUGAAGCUGGAAUCAUUGAUCCUGCUGAUAAUAAAGAUGAACCUUGUUUAUUGCCAUCAGCAUCAUUGUAUAAAAAAAAGACUCUAUCAGAACGCGCUGAAGAAUUAGCUCUGAGCUCGAUGGCACUUGAAUGUCAAAGGGAAAUGAUCACUCAGAAUCUUUUGGAUGCACAAGAAUCAUUGAGAAACAACACAAUUAAUUUUUCAAUGAGAAGAUAAAACUAUGAAGAAACUUGAAGACCCAGUAUGAAUCAUUUAAAUUGUAAACAAACUACUACCUCGUCUUGUUGAAUUAACACCAACUUGUGCUGUUUCUUUAAUUGCAAUUGCUGAAUGUCUAACCGUCUAGGGAUUAUGAUUACCAGCAAAUUUUAAUUUAGUAUACUUUAAUUAAACAUUUAGAAAAUUUAUAAAGUAUAAAUAAAAUUGAUACCUCAUUAACUCAACGUCAACAGACGUAUAAAAAUGACAAAGUAUUAUAAUACUGUAGUCAUUCUUUGACUCAAUAAAUAAAUGCUUGAAACUU